CUAGAUACUCUUCACAUCUGAGUCUGACAACUUGCGUGAUUCUAUGUUUUAGUCCAUUUCCAUGCUCAUCGUUCUAAUGCUUACCUUCUCGUGUUGAUGUCGUUUCAAGGCAGGUAUUAUUGUUUUAUGAAGUGAAGUGUUAUGAUAAUUAGGUAAGCAUGGCUUGUCAGUGUUUCAUCUGUGGGUUUCAACUUCAGCUUGGCAUAUCUUCACAUCUUGGACCAUACCUCUUUCGCAUUCCAUCUUCUGUUCGACCAUGCCUUCUGUUUGUUUGCUCUAUACAUUUUGGCAGUGAGUGCCUAAAACUACGGAACAAUGUCUGGUAUUUAAGAAAAAAUUCCAUUCCUACCCAGUACCUUGGGCCAUACUUCCAUUUUAAAAAGGUUGAGGUUGGAAUUUUUCUUGGAAACAAGCUAGAAAAUUCUAAAUCAAAGAUCAAAGACAAAAUGGAAAAUAACGGAAAAAAAGAGAAUAUUACUUCUACUUGCUCAUCAUCCUGUACUUCCUUGUCCAUGUUUGAUGUUGAUCCUGACAUGCCGAAACUUUUUUUAGAUCAUGGUGAAUGUGGAAGUCCACAGAACCUUACAAGCCGCAGGCGCAAGUUAAAACUUAAUGCAAGCACACAGAUAUGGUCAUAUGAGUGUGUUAGUUUUUCUGAAGACGAAUCUGAUGAUUCGUCGCCUCCACCUUUGCUUCGUUUCCAUGAAGAGGACAAGGAGGCAUUUGCUUCUUAUCUUUCUAAACAAAAUUAUCUUGUGCCAAAAGAUUUAAGUCUUUCUGCUCCCGAGAUUACUGGCCCAAAAGAAAAUGAAGGAUGGGAAGAACAAACAUCUGUUCAUAGUGUUUGUUCUAUGGACCUAUCUCAUAAUUCGCGUUGUUCGACCGGAAUCAAAACGAAAUUGCGUAAGCUCCCUUGGCGGAAAGCUCGUGCCCUUCGGUAUUGCACUUUGGUUAGCGACACUCCUUUUCUAAGUCGACGACGUACUAGGAAGACAAAAUCCAAAAUAUCAUUAAGUUGCAGCGAAAAAUACCGCAAUGACAUACUCAACACGGAAUGUAAAACCAGACGUCAGGUAGAUGAAAUUGAUGGUUUUACAAUUUCGUCAUUUUUUACUAUCGAGGACCUGGACGACUUUUGUGCGCAACAAUUCCAAAUGAACGGAAACAUGAAAAUCACCUCAAAACUUUCCGUAGAAGGUACUGAAACCGAAAUUCACACUCCUUCAUUCUUCCCGACUACACCUGUGUUGCAGCACGCAGUCAAAACCCCGGUGUCGGGCAUUAUUCCUGCUAAAAAAUGUGCUACAUUUGCUGAAUUGUUACCUUUUGCAUCCGAACGAGAAAUAGCGGGGCCUUUUUUAAGUUGUAAUUCCAUGGUCGUAUCGAAGAAGUCCGAAAUUCGUUCUUCGGCUAGAGCGAAAAUUCAUUCAAGGAAGUCUUCUCUCCGAAACCCUGGGCAUUAUCGGCAUUGUACUCCGGCCAGCAAUUUUCUAUGCAUUGGUGUGGCGCCCAUUAUAAAGACCAUACCCAUGAGGUCAUUGCUUAGUGAAAGAAUCAUUGGGGACUUUUCAACUAUUAAAUGUGAAACCCUUCGUCAGAUAGAUGAAAUUGACGGUGUAACAAUUUCAUCAUUUUUCACUUCUGAGGACCUUGAGAAAUUUUGCACUCAGCAAUGCCAAAUCCGCACCGACGAGAAGGUAACUCCAAAUUGUCCAAUAGAAUAUACCGAAGCGGAGAAACAGGAUUGUUCAUCCGUCCUCGAUUCUUCCGUUUGGCCGGACACAGCUGAAAUCAUAGAUUGUGACAUUUGUUCUACUGAAAGAUAUCCUGCUAUCUGUGAGAGUUUACAAUUCGCCGCGCCUAAUGAACGUCGUUAGAUAAUAAUUCCUAUGCCGUCGAUCUAAUAAGUUGCAGUCAGCGAAAAAGAGUUAAUCCAAAUUUCGAGGUGCACAAAAAAAAGAUGCUUUAUUAUGUGGUUGAAAUGAAAGGUGAGAGUUGAAGAAAGAACUGGUCGAAGCUCAGAAAGCCCUGUGCACUAGAAGACGGAGCCGACGAAGUGAAGUAGUAGGAUUGAUAUGUCUGCAAGUAACUGGCACCACCAAAGAACCACGACCCAUGUUCAACAACGCUGAAUAUCCACUAUUUCCAAAUAUCAUUUAAUGGGGUUAAAUUUUUUUAUUGCUUGUAUUGUAGUUUUGUUUGUUUGUUUGCUUGUGUUGUUUUUUUUUUUUUUUUUCGUAUUCAGUCUAAGUUUUUCAUGACUGUUUCCCGUCUAAAUUAAUCUGCUCACAAAGCAUGUUGAGGCAUUUUGGAACUGUUUAAUGUUUUAGGAUGAAAUAUUAGUAGGUUUUUUUAAGGUGUCGAAUGUUUUAUGAGGAUAUCGCUUCUUUUGAAUGUUAGUCUCUCGUUUAUUCCUUUGGCUGCUGAAUAGGUAAUGUCGUUUUUCUGCAUGAUUGUAA